CCGGCCCCAUGUCGCGGGGGGCCGCUGGCCGCGGCAGCGGGCUCAUCGCGCUGACCUUCUGCCUGCUGACCGCGCGCGGGGAGCAGCCAUUGCCCCAGGAGACGACCGUGUCGCUGAGCUGUGGAGCAGGGCCGCUGCAAGUAAUCCUGGGCCCAGAGCAAGCCCUGGUGCUGGACUGCAGUCUGGGGGCGGCUGCCACCGGACCCCCCACCAGCGUCACGUGGAGCAAGGAUGGAGGCACCCUCCCUGAGCACGAGCACCUUCGCCUGCUACCCAAUGGCUCCCUAUGGCUGUCCCAGCUGCCAACAGUAGAUGGCGCUGACGAGGCAGACCCUGGGGCUUCAGAGGUCAUUGAGGGCAGCUAUUCCUGCCUGGCCCAUGGCCCCCUCGGGGUGAUGGCCAGCCAGGCUGCAGUGGUCAAGCUCGCCACCCUCGCAGGCUUCUCCCUGCACCCAGAGUCGCAGACUGUGGAGGAGAAUGGGACCGCUCGUUUCCAGUGCCAAAUCGAAGGAGUGCCAGCACCCGUCAUCACGUGGGAGAAGGACCAGGUGACGCUGCCUGAGGACCCUCGGCUCAUCACCCUUCCCAACGGGGUCCUCCAGAUCCUGGAUGUACAGGAGGGCGACGCAGGCUCCUACCGCUGUGUGGCCACCAACUCAGCACGCCAGCGCUUCAGCCAGGAGGCCCUGCUCCGCGUGGCCCACAGAGGGUCCCUGGCAUCUGCAGGGGGGCAGGACGUGGUCAUCGUGGCAGCCCCGGAGAACACCACUGUGGUGUCUGGCCAGAGUGUGGUGAUGGAGUGUGUGGCCUCGGCUGACCCCACCCCUUUUGUGUCCUGGGUCCGACAGGACGGGAAGCCCAUCUCCACCGAUGUCAUCGUCCUGGGCCGCACCAACCUACUUAUCAAGAGCGCGCAGCCCCGCCACUCUGGCGUCUACGUCUGCAGAGCUAACAAGCCCCGCACGCGGGACUUCGCCACCGCAGCCGCCGAGCUCCGCGUGCUGGCCGCUCCAGUCAUCUCUCAGGCGCCGGAGGCGCUGUCGCGGACGCGGGCCAGCACCGCGCGCUUCGUGUGCCGCGCGUCCGGCGAGCCGCGGCCGUGGCUGCGCUGGCUGCACGACGGGGCGCCGCUGAGGCCCAACGGGCGCGUCAAGGUGCAGGGCGGCGGCGGCAGCCUGGUCAUCACGCAGAUCCGCCUGCAGGACGCCGGCUACUACCAGUGCGUGGCCGAGAACGGCGCGGGAACGGCGUGCGCCGCUGCGCCGCUGGCGGUCGUGGUGCGCGAGGGGCUCCCCAGCGCCCCCACGCGGGUCACCGCCACGCCGCUGAGCAGCUCCGCCGUGCUGGUGGCCUGGGAGCGGCCCGAGCUCCACAGCGAGCAGAUCAUUGGCUUCUCCCUCCACUACCAGAAGGCACGGGGCGUGGACAACGUGGAAUACCAGUUUGCAGUGAACAAUGACACCACUGAGCUACAGGUUCGAGACCUGGAACCCAACACAGACUACGAGUUCUACGUGGUGGCCUACUCGCAGCUGGGGGCCAGCCGUACCUCCUCCCCAGCCCUGGUCCACACUCUGGAUGAUGCCCCCAGUGCAGCGCCCCAGCUCUCCCUGUCCAGCCCCAACCCCUCGGACAUCAGGGUGGCGUGGCUGCCCCUGCCUCCCGGCCUGAGCAACGGGCAGGUGGUGAAGUACAAGAUAGAGUACGGUUUGGGAAAGGAAGAUCAGAUUUUCUCCACCGAGGUGCCGGGGAAUGAGACGCAGUUUACGCUGAACUCGCUUCAGCCCAACAAGGUGUAUCGAGUGCGGAUCUCAGCUGGCACAGGGGCUGGCUACGGGGCCCCCUCCCCGUGGAUGCAGCACAGGACGCCCAGUGUGCACAACCAGAGCCAUGUCCCUUUUGCGCCCACAGAGCUGAAGGUACGGGCAAGGAUGGAGUCCCUGGUCGUGUCCUGGCAGCCACCCCCGCACCCCGCCCAGAUUUCUGGCUACAAACUGUACUGGCGAGAGGUGGGAACGGAAGAGGAGGAGAUGGAUGGUGAGAGCCCUCCAGGGGGCCGUGGAGACCAGGCGUGGGAUGUGGGGCCCGUCCGGCUCAAGAAGAAAGUGAAGCAGUAUGAACUGACCCAGCUAGUCCCUGGCCGGCUGUACGAGGUGAAGCUCGUGGCGUUCAACAAACACGAGGAUGGCUAUGCAGCAGUGUGGAAGGGCAAGACAGAGAAGGCUCCCACCCCAGACCUGCCCAUCCAGAGGGGGCCACCCUUGCCCCCUGCCCAUGUCCAUGCGGAAUCAAACAGCUCUACCUCCAUUUGGCUUCGGUGGAAAAAGCCAGACUUCACCACAGUCAAGAUUGUCAACUACACCGUGCGCUUCAGCCCGUGGGGGCUCAGGAACGCCUCCCUGGUCACCUAUUACACCAGCUCUGGAGAAGACAUCCUCAUUGGCGGGCUGAAGCCAUUCACCAAAUACGAGUUUGCAGUACAGUCUCAUGGUGUGGACAUGGACGGGCCUUUCGGCUCCGUGGUAGAGCGUUCCACCCUGCCUGACCGGCCCUCGACACCCCCAUCCGACCUGCGCCUGAGCCCCCUGACACCGUCCACCGUCCGGCUGCACUGGUGCCCCCCCACGGAGCCCAACGGGGAGAUCGUGGAGUAUCUGAUUCUCUACAGCAACAACCACACCCAGCCCGAGCACCAGUGGACCCUGCUCACCACGGAAGGAAACAUCUUCAGUGCUGAGGUCCAUGGCCUCGAGAGCGACACUAGGUACUUCUUCAAGAUGGGGGCACGCACAGAGGUGGGGCCUGGGCCCUUCUCUGGCCUGCAGGAUGUCAUUACUCUCCAGGAGAAGCUCUCAGACUCUCUGGACGUGCACUCGGUCACGGGCAUCAUCGUGGGCGUCUGCCUGGGCCUCCUCUGCCUCCUGGCCUGCAUGUGUGCUGGCCUGCGCCGCAGCCCGCACAGAGAAGCCCUCCCGGGCCUGUCCUCCUCGGCCACUGCUGGGAACCCGGCACUGUACUCCCGAGCCCGCCUGGCACCCCCCAGCCCCCCAGCUGUCCAUGAACUGGAGUCCCUUGUGCAUCCUCGUCCCCAGGACUGGUCCCCACCGCCCUCCGACAUCGAGGACAGGGCUGAAGUGCACAGCCUUAUGGGUGGCGGGGCUUCUGCUGGCCGGGGCCACUCCAAGAGAAAGAUCUCCUGGGCUCAGCCCGGUGGGCCCAGCUGGGCAGGCUCCUGGGCAGGCUGUGAGCUGCCCCAGGCAGGCCCCAUGCCCUCUCUGACCCGGGCCCUGCUGCCCCCUGCUGGAACUGGGCAGACACUGCUGCUGCAGGCUCUGGUGUACGAGGCCAUAAAGGGCAACGGGAGGAAGAAGCCUCCCUCAGCCUGCAGGAACCAGGUGGAGGCCGAAGUCAUUGUCCACUCUGACUUUAGUGCAUCCAAUGGGACCCCUGACCUCCACCUCCAAGACCUGGAACCUGAGGAUUCCCUGCCUUCAGAGGCUCCUGACCUCACUUCGAGUGUUGUGGAUCUCGAUCAAGGGGAAGACUGGCUGGACAGGGAGCCAGGAGGGUGUGAGCAAGCAGCCCCUGGGCCAGACAGACUCACCUGCCUGCCAGAGGCAGCCAGCGAUUCUUGCCCCUACUCGGACCUCCAGUCCAGGGAAGCUCUGGAGGAGGCCCCUGGGAACAACUGCCAGCCAAAGGCCCCCUACCCUCCAGGAGCCAGUCCAAGCCUGUCCAAAGCCCCAGUCCCCUCCUCCUCUACUUAGCUCCCCUACAGGGCACAGUUUGGGACAGGCUGGUUUGGAUCAUGCGACAUGACACGUGUGGCUACACAUGUACGCGUCUCUGCCCGAAAGUCAUCAAGCCACUUGGAGCCUCCUGGGGUGCUUUGGCUCGGGGAGAGGAAGGAUUGGAUUAUUCACUCCCCCCAUACUCUGUGACACAUGUGAUAUGUGAGACACGUGACGCACAGUUACAUGUGAUAUGCACAUGUGUGAAGCACAUGUGUGUGUGCUGUUUGGUGAGCUGGGAAGCUCUGGGCCAGGCAGUGAUCACUAUGGCCUAACUGAUCCUCCAGGUCAGGACACUGCCCCAGAGUGGCCCGCCCCCAGCCCUGCGGGCCCCUACUCUGUCACCCAGCCUUUUAUUACGCACUCUGAGAGUGUCUCCAAUGCCUUGUCUGACAAAGACAGCCCCGGCCCACUUUCCGGUUGGGCUGGGCUGAGUGCAAGUAGGCUCUGAAUGCCCGACACUUUAGUGGCAUCACCUCCCAUCUGCCAUGUGCCCCGGGCCCAGAUUGAGAGGGUGACUCCAGCUCCCCUCAGAGCAAGUCUGCACCUGGUUUUGUAACUGGGGAAGUGCCUAGUUUUGCAAAUCUGCUUUCUGUUGCUCUCCCUUCUCUCCUCCCCGCUCAGUCCUCUAGUGUCUUGUCCUGUCCCCCCGUUCUUCCAACCUCAGCGCCCUUCUCUUCUGUCCUGGGACUCGGUCCUUUCCUCUCUGUGGCUUCUGUCUGUCUCUGCUCUCGCCUCUCCCACACUAUCAUGUGGUUCUCCUGCCUGGGUUCAGUCUCAGCAUCCUUCCCUCACAACAUGACUACCUCAUGUCUGUUUGAGGCCGUGAUGGGACUCCUGUGUCCGCCGUCCACUUCAGCCAUCGUCCUCCUGCCCCUGCUUCUCCGUGCCUCUGUAGACCCCAUCCCCAGGCAGACUGCACACCCCCAGUGCAGGUUUGGAGAAGACCUUUCAGCUUCCCUUGCAUCUUUCUCCCUGGGAUUGAGACUGGAGGGUUCUCCUUAGAGGGGAUGAAUGCAAGUCAGACUUGGGGGUUUUGAGACAGGGAUACAAUUAUUCCCUCCCUUCCAUGCGGUAAGUCUGGUUUGCUGGGCAGAGGCGUUUGAGGCACCUUCCUUCCCAGCUGGAACUUGAAAGGGAGAAGGGGGUGGGAAUUAGAGGCCGGGGAGCCCCUUCGCUUCCCACUCUCUGCCCCUUGACCAGGAACUGAUGGGUGGGGCUGGGAGGGAUCUCAUCCUCUAGGGUGUUGGAAGUAGGGGCUUCGCACAGGACAAGGGUGAUGGGCUCAUCUCAUUUUGCUCUUUCUUUAAAUUCAAUCCUGAAGUCAUUUUUUGUUGACCACCCCCACCACACAUACACAGGGACAAACCUGACUUGUUUCAUUUAUUUGAUUUUGCACCUCAGUCUCUCAUAGGAUCAUUUAGUACUUGGUCUCUUCUCCCUGAAUUCAUCUUUUUUCACUGAGCAGCAAGCACAUCAAGGGUUAACUCUGGCUUCUGAGCCAAAUUAGAAAUAACCAGUCUAUCUUUCCUUUUUUUUUUAAUGGUGAAAUGUCUCUCAGUGGAGCUGCAGCUUCCUCAGACCCUUUCAGCAUCUGUGUUUAUUACACGCGGGUGUCACUCAGGUUUGACAUCCGCACCUACAUUUCCUCCUCCUCCCCCUUCAGGCAGCCUAUGAUAACACUAAAGAUUAUUAAUGUUGGUUUUGUAUCUCGUUAAGGACAGAUCUGUCAUUUGUACUAUUUCUGUAGCAUUCAGCAUUGCUGUGGCUAACACUACUGUAUAUGUUUCAUCACUGCUCUGAAGGUCAAAAGCCUCAUUUUAUUUUGCUGGUUUUUUUCUUUUUUUUCCUAAAGGAAAAAGAAAAAAAAACUGUCCUGAAUUAAAUGGCUCUUUUAACAGUAGGCUCUUAGCAUUACACCACAUAGUCAUUUUUCAUGUUCUUGUUUAACAGGCACUGAGGUUCUGGUUUAAAUUAAAUAGCUGCAAAUGAGACAAUUUAUAACCCAUUAGGUUGGGUGGAAAAUUGUUUCUCAAAAGCAAAUAAGUAAUAAAUCUGGUAUCUGCCUAUAACUCACAGUUGAUAAGAACGUGGCCAUUACUCACUAGCAUUAUAUAUGAUUUGGGCUCUGGGUAAUUUGGAAGUGUUAGGUUUGUGUCUUUGUAGCAGUAUUUUUAUUAGAAAAGAGUCCAUUGGCCUUUUACAGGGUAUUAAUCCUUUUGUCACCUACCAUGGAUGCCUUAUGGUUUUUGAGUCUCAUUUAAAAACCUUUUCUUGAUGCAUGACAAGUAUAAUCGGUACCUGCUCAUUUAUUUGUCUGUAGUUUUGCUGUAUUAUUUAAUUAUUUUUCCAGCAUUUUUUUUCUCCUUACAAUUAUCAUAUUCUUUAGUGUUAAGCCAAUGCAUUGAUCAUAUAUCUGUCCCUGUAAUGAAUUA